UUCGUCUCUUUGGGUCUUGAAAGUGUCGUACGGAAACUUUAAGUUACUUGCUCUCGCCACUUGCACGUUGAUUUCCUGAUACUCAUUCAACCACAGCUGUUUCACGAUGUCUGAAAACAUGGAGCAAUUCUUGGAGCUGUCAGUGUCGUCUCCUCUGAUUCCGGGACUUCCAGAUGACGUUACGGUUAACAUCGUAGCUCGCGUACCCAGAAGCCAGUACCCGACUCUCUCCCUUGUUUCUAAGAGUUUCAGGGAACUCAUUGCCUCGCCUAAGCUCUACAAGGAACGAUCCUUCCGAGGCUUCAAAGAACACUGUGUCUAUGCUGUCCUCCAACACCGCCACAAGGGUCCUUUCAGUUUCUAUAUUCUCCACCGGAAACUAAACUGCAGUAACCGCUUGGUCCUUGUCAAGUCAAUUCGUCCCAUGUUUUCCCUUGGUGGAAGCUAUGUCCCCGUGGGUUCCGAGGUGUAUGUGUUUGACGGUAUCGGUGCGCUCAGCAUUGACUGCACAUCUCACACGGUUCAGCGCAUCCCCCACAUGCCUCAGGAGGUGUCUGAUAAAGUGACUAACGUCGUCAACGGGAAGAUUUAUGUGAUUGGUCAAUCCGUUUUUCAUGAGGUCAAGGAGGGUGAGGUGAGGAAAGAGUGGAAGAACUCAGUAUCGGUGUUUGAUAUAGAAACACAGCUGUGGGAACCUAUGUUGGUAAUGGAAAAAAUGAUUCUCGGCCCUUGGUCUGAUUCUGUGGUGAUGGAUGGUAAGAUUUACAUGAGAGAUUGCAUGAAUGGUAUUUCUUUUGUUUACGAACCAGAGGAAAGGAUAUGUGAAUGGAUGGACGAGGUGAUGGAUUCUAAGGUAUGGGUGGGUUCGUGUGUGGUUGACGACGUCUUGUACUAUUACGAUUGGUCUGAGAAGGCGUUGAGGGCGUAUGAUCCGAAGCAGGGCUGUUGGAGUGUUGUCAACGGUUUGGAGGAGUUUUUGGCUGUGGAGGAGACUGCUCGUUCAUGGGGGUCCAAAACGGUAAACUACGGUGACAAGAAGCUGGCUCUCUUCUUUCCUGGGGACCAUGACGGAAAGGAGGUCAUUUUCUGUGCAGAGAUCGCUUUGGAAAGGCGCCAAGGUGGAGAGAUUUGGGGUAAGGUGGACUCGUGUGAUGUUGUCAUUGAGGAUGUGCUGUUUGGCACGUUGAAAUGCGUGUCUGUUACCGUUUGAUACAGCAUAAUAAUAUCUCUAUUUAGAUCCUUUCGUAUUUUAAUUAUCCUAAAUGCCAUCUCGUAUGGUUAUAAGUUAGCUAAUAUCGUUUAUGUAAGACAAAACCUUGAGAGCGUGUUGUGUUAUGUUAUCGAUUAAAACUUGUGAUAUGUUCUGUUAA